AUAAAUAAGCAAAGGCAGCACCAAACUUGCUCCAUUUUCAAAAUACAUUCAAAUUAAACAAAAUUUUCAGAGAGAAAUAAUGGGAAAGAGACUAAGAAAAAUCAGGUCGAUUUGCAGUUGCAAAUCUCCUCGCCUGAGCUACCGCGCCACUCCGCGCUCCGCCUUCAACUGCUAUGAGGAUGAUGUGUGGACGGAGAUAUCCAAGUAUUUGGACGGAAAAUCGCUAGUGAAGCUUGCGGCAACAUGCCGAUGGUUCCACGACGUUAUUAUGCACGACAGUAUUUGGAAGUUCGCCUGCCUGCGUGAUCUUCAGGUCCCCGAUCCAGGCCACGCGGCAUUCAAGUGGAUCAAGCUCUACUCUUCGCUCGUCGAUGGCAGCCACUCUUACAGGACUCGCGAGAAAGAGAAGCAUCUAGAUUGGAUGAGAAUUGGUGCAUUCUUUUUCGACUCAAAAGUAGCACUUCUCACUGGGAGACUCAGCUUGCUAGUGAAAAUCAGACAACGAGAUAGUAUAGAGAAGCUAUUGGAAUCCGGUGGGGCUACUGUUCUGAAAAAUAUUAAAAAGGGAAUUUGGAUAUCAGAUCUGCAACUUGUUCGGUGUCCUGUUUGUGAACUAGACCAAUGUGAUGGAACAAUGCAGACAUUAGAUGCAAGGCACAUCGAGCUGUUUCAGUAUCCGGAUUUUAAGAACGGGAACUGGGAGUACGAGUUGAUUGGGUCUCAUAAAAUGGCCAAGCCUAUGGAUGCCGCGUGUGGAGGCAUCUUUGAUCUUAAACACCUCAAUGACCGUGAAACCUCUGGUAUCUUCAAUCUCAAGCUGUGGACAGGAGAACCCAAUGAUUUCCAACCAAAGGCUAUGAUCACUUUCCAUUCAGUUGCAAUCAAUACCAAUUUACAGAACAAUGAAGGACUCCUUACAAAGUACUUCGUAAUGAGAGCCGGAUCCGGCGGGGAAGUAGUUUCAAUUAGGAUCAGCCAGCAGCUUCUGUAAUUUAGCUAGAAUCUUCCAUUUUUCCACAAUGUUGUUUACUUUUCCUAGUAGAAAAAUUAUAUUCCUUUACUGUUGUAGUUCAAAUGCGCCAUUCCUACUCUUAUCGACUCGGUAUUAACUAGGUACACAGUGUAUUCAUUUAGUUUCAGAAUGAUUGAACUUGAAUUUUUUUCUUUACCGUAGAUUGGGAUAUAAAAUUAAUAUGAUACAUAUGAUAUAAGAAUAAUCUGGUGUUGUGACCUUAGGC